AUGGCUUUCGACCCCGAUGAGGUUUUGAGGCAGUUGUCAACGGCCCAGAAGGUAGCCUUGCUUACCGGUUCUGAUUUUUGGCACACGAAACCUAUACAAAAAUUCAAUAUCCCAUCUAUUCGUCUAAGCGAUGGGUCCAGCGGUAUACGCGGAACCCGCUGGUUUGAAGGGGUUCCAACAGCAGCUCUUCCUUGUGGAACAGCUCUCGCUUCAACCUGGGACAAACCUCUUCUCCGGCAAGCGGGCCAGCUCCUGGGCAAGGAAUGCAUUGCCAAGGGCGUUCGUUGCUGGCUAGGACCAACCGUCAACAUCCAACGGUCGCCUCUCGGAGGCAGAGGCGCAGAAUCCUUUGCAGAGGACCCUUAUCUCACUGGUAUUAUCGCCCGAGAGACUAUCCUUGGCUGUGAAUCUACAGGGGUGAUCUCGACGGUCAAGCAUCUGGUUUGCAAUGACCAGGAAGAAAGUAAGAGGGGUCUUGACAUUUUGGUGACUGAUCGUGCCCUUCGGGAGAUAUAUCUUCGUCCAUUCCAAAUCGUGGCGCAAGAUGCAAAGCCCGGUGCGUUAAUGACGGCUUAUAACCGAGUCAAUGGGGUACAUACCUCCGAGCACGCAGAGAUACUGGAAGGGAUCGUUCGACAAGAGUGGGGUUGGAAUCCGCUUGUCAUGAGCGACUGGUAUGGUCUGUACUCUUGCGAACGUGCCCUUGACGCAGGACUGGACUUAGAGAUGCCUGGCAAGAACGGAGUCCGAGGAACUCUCGCUUCCCUGUCGCUAUCAACGAACUCAAUUAAACCGUCCGUCAUUGAUGCACGUGUAAAGAACGUUCUGCAAUUUGCUAAACGGGCCAGUCGAAUUCCAGUCUCACCCAUUGAAGGACAGCGCGACUACCCGGAAGAUAGGAAACUUAACCGUCAACUUUGCAAUAACAGCAUUGUGUUGUUGAAGAAUGAAGAAAAACUGCUACCUUUGCCAAAGAAGAUGAAGACGCUGGCCCUUAUUGGCUCUCAUAUCCGCGACCUGUCUGUUUUAGGUGUUGGUAGCACAGCUGUUGAGGCAUAUUACACCACCGACCCACUAAAUUCUAUCAAAGCCAAGCUUGACCCUGAUGUCGAGGUGAUAUUUGAAGUUGGUGCCUAUGCUCACAAGAUGCUACCAGUCUUGAAUGAGCGGCUGAUGAAAAAUGCCGUCCUCCGCUUCUUCAACGAGCCAGCAUCUGAACCAAAUCGGACGGCAGUAGACCACAAAAGUCUCUCAAGGAGCUACUUCCACCUCCUUGACUAUCUCCAUGAGAAAAUCAAUUCUGAUCUUUUCUUCGCCUCUUUCGACGCAGAUUUUAUUCCCGAUUGCUCGGGACUAUGGGAGCUAGGCCUCACCGUCCACGGAUCCGGCACUCUUUUCCUAGACGAAAUAAUGAUUAUUGAUAACUGUACCGCUCAGCGCCAUGGAACUAGUUUCUUUGGAAGUGGGACCGCAGAGGAGAAGGUGGCAAUGAAUCUUGAGGCAGGGAAGUCCUACAAGCUCCGUAUUGAGUUUGGUAGCGCUACAACAACCACACUGAAUUCCCCAUCAGCCGUGGAAUUUCCGGGUGGCGGAGCAAGACUGGGCGCCUGCCCACUACGUAAUGCGGAUGAGAUGAUAGAGAGAGCCGUUCGAAUCGCGUCUGAGGCAGACUAUUCUAUCAUCUGCGUUGGGUUGAGUGGUGAAUGGGAAGGUGAGGGAAACGAUCGCACUGACAUGCACCUUCCUCCCAACGUCGAUAAGAUGAUUCAAAGAGUUCUUGAGCGAGCACCAAACACGGUUGUCGUCAAUAUUUCCGGCAUGCCGGUUGGGAUGCCGUGGCACCAGUCCGCUAAGGGCAUUAUUCAAGCCUCGUAUGGAGGCAGCGAAGCCGGACAUGCGAUCGCCGAUACUCUGUUCGGUGAUUUCAAUCCUUCUGGCAAACUUCCAGUAUCAUGGCCACAUACCUUGGAGGACAACCCUACCUUUCUGAAUUGGGGUUCAUCUCGAGGCCGGGUAUUGUACGGGGAAGACAUCUUUGUUGGGUACCGAUUCUAUGAAAAGUUGAAUCGGAAGCCUUUGUGGAGCUUUGGUCAUGGGCUUUCAUACACCAGCUUCGAAUUUUCAUCAAUGGAACUGAGAACCAACGAGCAAGGCAUGUUUGCUUCCGUUGUGGUUCGAAACACAGGAGCUGUGUCUGGUGCAGAAGUAGUGCAGGUCUAUGUCUCUGCACCCCAAUCAUCAGUUCCUCGGCCUGUGAAGGAGCUUGCCGGGUUUGAGAAGGUGCUACUUGCUCCGGGACAAAGCAAGAAUGUGGACAUUGAGAUUGAUGCGUACGUUCUUAGCUUCUGGGACGAGCUAGAAGACAGAUGGUGUCUGGAGCAAGGCCAAUAUCGGGUAGUUGUGGGAGGCAGCUUUGAUGUUUUCGGAAAUCAAGGCCUGGAUGGUUCGUUGACAGUGGAGAAGACACGCUGGUGGCUUGGCUUGGAGGCACCCUUUGCCUCGUAG